GAAAUAUUCAAUCUUAAUCGGAAUAAUUAUCUUUCCUCGAUUCGAUUUUUUUCGUUGAAGGACAUUGACUCUGAGUUGGCUAGAAGAAAUGUCCUAUUAAAAGCAUCGAUUCGUUAUACUAGUUUCUACAUGUAUUGUAAUUAUCUACGCAUUUAAAAAUGUCAUUUGUGUAUCAGUAUAACAGGCGAAUCAGCUACGACAUUGGUCGAAUCCUAAUCAUGUAUUUUCCUUAUCAGACUGUCAAUAAAAUUCAGUUUCUAUCUUCAGUUUUCAUUAACGCCUAACCUCUUUUGUUAAAUAAAUUUAAUUAGUAUUUGGUUAAAAAUAAAUCAAUCCCAGAAUAUUGAAAUUCUCUAAAUAAUGAAACGGUGGCUACGGAUAAUUAUUUUUUCUGAAAAGAGGAUCGGAUGAUGUAAAAAAAACCUGUACCAUUUUUAACUUGUAAUUGCAUAGCAGAAAUGGAUAUUGUAAGAAGAUUGAUAAUUUUGUGCAUGUUGACAGCUGUUCUGCCAUUCCUACUGAUAAUAAUUCCUUUGUAUCUACGGCAUAUUUUUUAUGCUGAUGUUGCAUAUGCUGUAACAGAAUCCGAUAUUAUAGAAAUCAAUGAUGGGAUUUCAACAAUAUUUUGUUCGGAACAUACUUUAAAAAUGAAUGGCACUUUUAAUGCUUUCCAAAUGACUCAUCGACCAGAGAUAGCAUCAAAACGAAAACACAUAAGACUUAAAAAGAGCAUGAAUUUACCAGAUGAUACAUUGGAAUAUUGGGGAUUCUAUUUAUUAAAAAGUGCAACUGUAGCACUUUCUGUAUGUUCAAGAUUCGAAGGAGCUUCUAUAUUGGUAGUAAAAGGAGAGAAAAACCUACGCACUUGUGGCUUGCUGGAACAUAAUAUUAAUAAGCAGUCGCAAGAAAUUUUCUUUCCAGAUGCGAACAAACAAGUUAAAAUAUUAUAUGAAUCAAAUGCACAAGAAAUCGAUUCUAAAGAAACAACCACAAUUGAACUUACUAAACCUAUACACAAUAUCAGUGAGGUAGAUAAAUCAGCUGUAAAUACAAGUUCUGAAAAUGAAAGAAUUUCCGAAACAAAUCUAGAAAAUCUAGGCACACGGGCAUAUAUUACAAAUGAAAAAUUGAUGAAGAGUUUAAAACAUUUAGAGACAUUGUAUCAUACUACAACGUCUUAUCUUGAUAAAUAUGUAGGUGAUCAGCAAGAAAGUAUGAAUAAUAACACUAGAAAAGAAAGACAUAUUAAACGUCGUAUGGUGAAUACAAAUAAAACUAAAAGAAUAAAGCAAAGAAGAAAAGGAGUCUAUAAUUACAAUAAAAAAAUGCGAAUACAAAAAUUACAAGAAACAUUGAAUUCAGAUAUAAUUAAUGACAGAAAGGAACAAGAAAUAAAAGAGAGAAAUGAAAUGGAUACCAAAAGAUUUAAAAGAAGUAGAGAACUCAUAAAGCCAUCAUCCUUAUUAGAUCAAGGUAUUAAGCAUGGUGGAAAUGCUGACAAAAAUUAUACAUCUGAUUCUAACGAAGAGUCGUCUAUUUCUAGUUUUGAAACUGAUUUAUUAAAUUGUUACAAUGGUGAAAUAUUGUUAGCUCAUGAAUUCCAACCUUCAGAUCAAUGUACUAACAUUUCCUAUUUGCUUAAUAAUAAACACAUACAGGCAAAUCACCAUAUAGAACAAGAUGGUUAUUAUUAUUAUAUUUUUUAUAGUGAUAACGAUAUUGUGUCUAAUGAUAUUUAUGCGAUUUUUGAUAUAUAUAAACCGACUUUUCAAUAUGAAAAUGUGACUAAGUCAUGUAUUAAUCAAACUGAAUGCUCAUUUCAUAUAAACCCGCUGUCAGCGGAUAGGGUAAUUGUCGAAAUACCAACUAAGGACGGUAUAGAGCAUAAUGAAAUGGACGACGCUGGCAUACUAAUUUCUAUUUGUCAGCCACGAAUGGGCGCGUACAUGAUUUUUCCAAUUGCGAUAUUGCUCUUAAUUCUUAGUUGUGCUUUUAUAUAAUUAAAUCGGUUAUCUAGAAAUACCUGCAGACAUAAGUACAUACAACUUUGUGAAAGCUUUUUUUGUUGUUUCACAAAUCAUAAAACAAAUCACAAACUAUUUAAAUACAAAUUUACA